GCCGGGAUGCUGCUGCUGCUGCGGAGCGCGAGCGGCCGGAGGCGGUUGGCAGCCGCCGCCGUAUCCGCCGCUCCCCUUGCCCCGGAACCACUCCACAUCUGCAGUUGUGCUAGGCACUUGGGCUUCCCUGGGAUUCCCGACAGGUACGGUACCAGAGCCCUCCGAAGCAGCAGCAGGACUUUUGGGAAGAAUGAGACGGGUCAAGGUUCUGGAGCAGACCCUCCAAAAUGCAACACAAAGACUGAUGCAAUCCCCAGCCAGAAAGGCUCCCCUCACUCUGAUGGAGGUUCUUCAGAGCCUCAGCCCCCAGUGUUGUCACCCCCUACAAACUGCUGCAUGAGUGGCUGCCAUAACUGCGUGUGGAUUGAGUAUGCCGAGGAGAUCCUACGGCACUAUCCGGAUGGUGGGCCCAAAGCAUUGGCUGCUGUGGAUGAACACAUCCAAGAUGAGAACAUUAAGACCUUUAUCAAGAUGGAGAUCAGGUUCCGAAUGAAAGAGAGAGACUGAGUGAGGUACUUCCCUCCACCUGGCGGUUGCCUCUCAGGGAGCUACAACCACCUCUAGUGAUUUUUGUGCCUCCUUUUUCCAGGGGUCUUUGGAUAAAAAAUGAAUAAUAAUGAGUAUUUAUUGACUUUGCCUGAAAAUAAAUGCCCCCACCCCUCCACCCCCUAACAUUUCACCUGGAAGUGUGUGCCCUCUGCCGACUUUGUGUUUGUUUCUUUUUGAGGUAUCCUUCUUCAAACAUCUAAAACUGCCUUGGCAACUUUUUAGUCUGCCUGUAGCUCUUCAUUCUCAAGUAAAUUAUCAAGUAUAUGGAUGGUAUUGUAUAAAAAUGUGUAGCUGCAAUGUCUCCCAGGGAGCUUAGAGACUAAAGCUAAUGCACUAAUUAAUACACAGACCUUUGUAGGUUACUGAGACAAGAUAAAACAAACCAUGUGCAACAAAGUGCUGUCAAAAAGCGUUACCUUGGCUAAGAAUUGGAAAUAAAGGGAUGCCCAUCAAUUGGGGAAUGGCUAAACAAGCAGUGGCAUAUGAUUGUAAUAGAAUAUUACUGUGCUACCAGAAAUGACAAGCAGGAUGAUUUCAGAAAAACCCGGAAAGACAUGAACUGAUGCAUAGUGAACAGAAUUAAAACGUUGUACACAGAAACAGCAGUAUUGUUCGAUGAAGAACUGUGAAUGACUUAGCUAUUCUCAGUAAUACAAUGAUCCAAGGCAAUCCCAAAGGACUAAUGAUGAAGCAUACCAUCCACCUCCAGUGAAAGAACUGAUACUGGUUGAAUUCAGAGUGAAGCAGGCUAUUUUGCACUUUCUUUCAUUUUUUUUCCUUUUAUUCAAGUCUUCUUGUAUAAAAUGACUAAUACCGAAAUGUUUUACAUAAUUGUACAUGUAUAACCUAUAUCUGAUUGCUUACCCUCUCAGGGAGGGAGGGAGGAAUAGAAUUUGGAACUCAACACUUUAAAUAAAAAUGUUUAAAAAAUUGGGGG